AUGAAACAGGCGCUGGAACGAGAGGAAGAUUUUGAAGACUUGAAAAGUAGCAAUGUGGAAGUUAGGGAUUUUGAGGAUCUGAGAAGCGAUUCGUCCCAGAUUCGGAUGUUUGAUACGUGGGAAGAUUAUGGGCUGAAGGAGGACCUUUUGAAAGGGAUUUAUGGGAUAGGGUUUGAGACGCCAUCAUUUAUCCAGAAGGCAGCAAUCCAGCCAAUAAUAGACGGGAGAGAUAUAAGGGCACAGGCACAAAGUGGAACUGGAAAGACAGGAGCAUUUGCGGUGGCAGCACUUCAGAUAUGCGAUAUGAGCCAGGAUGUUACGCAGAUCCUCGUACUUGCAUCAACAAGGGAAAUUGCAGCACAGAAUGCAGCAAGAUUUGAGGAUCUUGGAUGUUUUAUGGGAGCAAGAGUAGCCUUGCUUUCUGGAGGGAGUCCUAUUUCUGCAGAUAAGAUAGCACUUGAGAAGAGGCCUCAUAUUGUUGUUGGAACGCCUGGAAGAGUUGAGCACAUGAUCAACAUAAACGAGCUGAACAUGGACAACAUUAAAUUAUUUGUGAUUGACGAGGCCGACGAGAUGCUGAAGGCAGGGUUCCAGGAGCAGGUGAAGUCAAUAUUCAGAAGAAUCACAAACAAGGAUGAGGUUCAAAUAGCAAUGUUUUCGGCCACAUACGAUGAGGAGGAGCUUCGCGUUAGUGAGGAGAUCCUUAUUAAUCCGGUGAUAAUCGAUCUAAGGUACAACGAUCAAACACUAAAAGGAAUAAGGCAAUACUUCAUCGACUUGAAGAAGGAGCCACCAUUCCGAAAGGGAAGAGAAGACUAUCUACUUCCAAAGCUUGUAACUCUAUAUGAUAUAUUCCGCAAGCAACGCUUGGGUCAAUCAAUUGUGUUUAUCAACAGUAAAGAGGAUGCUAGAAUAGUGUAUGACUGGCUGAUCAAGCAUGAGUGGGAGUGUGAGCUCAUAUCUGCAGAACUAACACAGGCUGAGAGGGAAAGAACUUUGAACAGAUUCCGUGGGGGAACUGGAAGAUGUCUGAUCUCUUCAGGGUUGCUUUCGCGAGGAAUUGACAUCCAGAAUCUCUCUGUAGUGUUCUGUCUCGAUGUGCCGUCGUUCGAGAGGAAAAGCACUUACAUCCACAGGAUAGGAAGGUCUGGAAGAUAUGGAAGAAAAGGAAUAGCUAUAAACAUAGUUUAUGAACAUGAGCUAAAAAACCUAAAGGCAAUCGAAAGAUUCUAUAACACCACCAUCAAGGAGCUUCCAGCAGAUUUUAGUUUUCAAUAA